AUGCCACUGGAAAAGCAAAUUGUCCAAUCCAUAAACCGCAAUUGGGAGGCCAUCAAAAAUUUCGACACAUCUAACCGGGACAACGACAACAUAUCCGAUGCACAUGACGGUGAUAUUUUGAAGGAAGUGUUGCAGAAAUACGACGAUGACGAUCUGAACAUUUUAUCAUUAUGUGUUAACGUUGAUGGCGCGAACAGGUUCAAUUCGAAUUCAGUAUCGUUGUGGCCGAUUCAAUUCAUUCAAAACUUUCUACCACCGGAAAUUCGAUUCCUACCACACAAUGUACUUGUGUCGGGUCUGUUGUACACUGAAGGUCACUUUGAUUUUCGCGAAUAUUUCCUCCCAAUUGUGAGAGAAUUGGAACGUUUGGAGCAAGAAAAAAUUGUCAUGACCAUUGAAAAUGUAGUUUACACGUUUCAACCAGUAGUGACACACUGCGCUGUUGACCUGCCAGCUAAAGCGAAAAUUCAGGAAACAAAACAGUUCGGAGGCUACAACGCUUGUAGCUACUGUCACAUUCCCGGUGUGCAAGUUUCCAUCAGCUGCAAGACCAAGAACAAAAAACGUAAAAUCAAAAACGGGCAGGAAAAUGUUCAGUCGAAGAAAGUGUUGCAGAUUCGCUAUCCGGAAGGAACUGAUUCGUUCGCGCUACGUGAUGAGAAGGACACGUUACAGAAAAUGGUUGCUGCAUCGAAGUGUACUAAUAACGCCGUGGAUGGCAUAAAAGACGUUUCGUGCUUAGCAGCGUUACAACAUUUCAAUAUUGUGAGAAGCAUCGGCAUUGACUAUUUGCAUGGUGUACUGAUUGGAACCGAGAAGCAGCUGAUCAAUUUUUUUUGCGAUCCAUCGAACAGCCAGUCCAGUUACUACAUAACGAAGAAGAAACGAGAACUCUUAAACAAGAGAAUUUUGUCGAUCAAACCGAUUCGUGAGGUGAACCGUAAGCCUCGAUCAUUGGACAUGCGAUCAAAAUUCAAAGCAAGCGAGUACCGGUCAAUGCUUUUGUACUACCUUCCGGUUUGCCUUCAGGGUUGCUUGCCUGAUGUGUACUUGCAACACUUCCGCAUUCUAUCGGCUGCAAUUUACAUAUUAAUGAAAUCGGAGGUCCCACGCAAAGCAAUUGAUGAAACCGAAAUUAAGUUGCACCGGUUCGUGAAGCAACAUCAACAAUUGUUUGGUGUUGAAAGUAUGGUCAUGAAUGUACAUUUGUUGAAACAUUUGGCACAAGACGUGCGGUGGUUGGGUCCGCUUUGGUGCCAUUCAACAUUUCCUUUUGAAAGAAACAAUGGUGUCUUGCUCAAAAAGGUGAAUGGUACCACAGACGUCUUACUUCAAAUUUCUUCGAAGUAUUGCCUGGCAAAAUCAAUCAAGCAAACUGCACGUUCGAAAUCAAAAACAAAAACGACCAAAAAAGUUUUACUUGGCAAAAGUGUAAAGCUUGUCGAUCCGACGCUGCGCGUGUUCAACAUUGAAAGCUUAAAGGAAAUUGAUCUUUCAAACAUCGAGUUGUAUGUCCAUAAGCGCAUAAAUUUGAACGACACCAUUUUCACCAGCACAUCAUACACUCUACCGAAAAGAUCAGUCGACUAUUUCGUCGAGGCGACUAAUGACAUAGUUGGUAAAGUAAGAUUUUAUUUUGAGUCUAACAGUAAAGUGUAUGCGGUCAUAGAGGAGUUCGAAGUAAUUGACAAUAUUGCGCACAUAUUGAAAGUACAGCCGACAAAUCGUAAUAUUUUGGUAUCGGUCAACCAAAUCGAGCAAAAAUUUAUUUAUAUGAAGGUCGGGUUCCACGAAUAUAUUGUUUUGCCUCCGAAUCCGUAUGAGAAAGAGUAGUGAAAUUGUAAAUCUAUCGGUUGAAUUAGUUGAGUCAAUGAAGCCAAUCAAAUUAUAUUUAAUCGACCUUUCAGCUCCGAAUUUUAUCGAAUUGUCUUUCUUUGUUUUUUUUUUUAUUAUUUCCUUACUUGAU